AAAGCACCUGAAAACAACAAGAUGACCAAGUUGACUCUGUACGGUUUGGAGGCGAGUCCGCCAGUUCGCGCCGCUAAAUUGGCUCUGGCCGCCCUGGAUGUGCCCUACGAAUUCGUGGAGGUAAACACCCUGGCCAAGGAGAAUCUCUCUGAGGAGUUCCUGAAGAAGAAUCCCCAGCACACGGUGCCCACUUUGGAGGACGAUGGCCACUUUAUCUGGGACUCGCAUGCCAUCAUUGCCUAUCUGGUGUCCAAAUACGGCAAGACCGACAGUCUCUACCCGAAAGAUCUCCUCCAGCGGGCUGUGGUGGAUCAGCGAUUGCACUUCGAGUCCGGAGUGAUCUUUGCCAACGGUCUGAGAAGCAUCACCAAGCCACUUUUCGCCGCUGGCCAAACGAAGAUUCCCAAGGAGCGUUACGAUGCGAUCAUUGAGAUCUACGACUUCCUGGAGACCUUCCUCGCCGGUAAUGAUUACAUUGCCGGUGGUCAGCUGACAAUUGCCGACUUCAGCAUCAUCUCGACUGUGACCUCGCUGGAGGCUUUUGUGGAGGUGGACACGGCGAAAUACCCGAAGGUCACUGCCUGGAUCAAGCGACUGCAACAGCUUCCCUACUACGAGGAGGCCAACGGCAAUGGAGCCCGUACAUUCGAGUCCUUUAUUAAGAAGACUAAUUUUAGCUUCGAAUCUUAGUAUAUUACCUAAUAAUUACAA